AUUGCUCGGUUCUAGUCGGACCAUACGAGUCAUAAGCAGACAGGGGCAGCUACAAUGUCCGCGGACUUAACGGUCACGUGCCCAGCACUGGCUACAUAAAAUAUUGAAAAUGAAUGUACAAGAGACCUCGCGGCCUGCUAGCAGGCCUCUACGGCGCUCCCGUAUCCCUUUAUCAUGUGACCCCUGUCGCGCUAGAAAAUUGAAAUGCAAUCGGGAGAAACCGUGUCAAAACUGCACAGUUCGCCACGAGGCGACCAGUUGCGAAUACCGCGGGCCGAAAAAUGGUUCUUCCUUAUCCGCUGCCCAUCGCGAUUCGAAUGGAGACGCGAUGCGCCAACGGAUCGAUAAUUUGGAAGGUUUAGUUAAGAAACUCAUUGCCGAGCGGCAGCAGCCCCCGUCGCUAGUAGCUGAUGCAGCCCCUACUCCUGCCCUCGAAGGGUCCAGACCCGAAGAAGACCUGUCCCUGUCCGAUGUGUCAUCAAAACUUCAGGAUGUCGCUGGGGCAGGCAAAACCGUGAUGGAUGGGAUCCAUUCAGUCUAUGUCGGUGGUGAUGAUUGGUACGCCGUGCUCCAAGAGAUAAAUGAGCUGAAAAGUGCUUGGAACAAAGAGCAGGAUGAUCAGAAUGACUUCAACCUCCAGCCUCCCCUCUCACAUACGGUCGAUGGAUCUAGUCUGCUGUUCAACCAGGUUAAACCAAUCGAACGGAUAGAGAUCAUCUCCGCGCUUCCACCGAAGCCUGAAGUUGAUCUUCUAGUCUCCCACUUCUUCAAUUAUGAUACCUUCCCUAUAUCUGUCCCUCCUAUCCUCCACGAACCAACUUUUAUGCGCGAGUAUGAACUGCACUGGCAAGAUCCCGAUCAGACCAACUUCAUCUGGUUAGGCCUCCUGUUUUCCAUCCUGGGCAUUACUAUGCUCGCCUAUCAUCAAUAUGGGGAGCCACCGGAGUACGAAGGCACAUCGGAGUCACUUUUCCAGCUUUAUCGGAUGCGCACUGCCCAAUGUCUUCUCAGUGGUGACAUCGCCAAGUGCUUGCCGUACACCGUAGAGACCUUGCGCUUCAACGCCACCGCCGAGCUGAAUCGGAAAGACGACAAUAGACGCGGGCUGUGGAUCAUGACGGGGGUUGUCGUCCGCGCCGCGAUCAACAUGGGCUACCAUCGCGAACCCCCUCAACACUCGGGCGUCUCGGUUCUCCGGGCUGAGAUUCGACGCCGCAUCUGGUCUUCGGUGAUGAGCAUGGACAACAUGUCAUCGUUUCUCGGCGGCUUCCCACGCACGCUGCUAUCUGUAUAUUCCAACACGAUGGAACCACGAAACAUCCACGACUGGGAGCUGUCCGAGGACAUUUCCGCGCUACCCCCGCCCCGAACACUCGCCGAGCACACCUCGGUGACGUAUCUCAUCGUCAAGGGCCGCCUAUUCAGCGCACUGAGCCGCAUAUCCGACGUAAACUACGGCCACGACCCAGCCUCCUACGAGACCGUCCUCGACAUCGACAGGGCCCUCCACGAGGCCUACCAGAACAUCCCGCCUCAAAUGCAAAUGCCCCCCACCGACGCCAACGGCAACCCCCCGCCCAUCAAAACCAGAGCCAACAUUUCCAAUCUCAGUCUCAUGGUCACGUACCACAAGGGCAUGUGCGCCCUGCACCGGCGCUACCUCGCCAAAAGCCGCAGCGACGCCCGCUUCACGCUUUCUCGGAGCCGGUGCAUCGCGUCCGCGCUCGCGCUCCUCGGCUACCAGCGAUGCAUCGAAGCGUCGUUCUACGAGAACUCCGAGGCCCGCCAGAUGCUGAUCCUCGCCGCGAUGAUCCUGUCGCUGGAGCUGGAGCUGCGGCACAGGGCUCCCGAAACGGAGCCGGAGCCGGAUAACGCCGCGCUGCUCCAGGCCUUGGAGCGGGCGCGUGACGGCUGGGCGGAGGCGAUGGGCGCGACGGAUGAGGCGGGGAAGGUCCACCGGUUUCUGGCGGGCGUGCUGGCGAGGUUCGGUGGUUCCGGCCCGGCGACGGCUAGUUCUCAUCAGGGGGUGUUGUUGUUGUCUCCGGAGACGCCGUUUGGGUUUCCGGGGCUUGGUGCGCCGGAUGGGGGGUUCGCGUUGGAGAAGGGGGUGGACAAUGUGGAUUUCGAUUGGGCUUCGUGGGACGCUUUUAUUGAGGAGAACAGCUAUUACGACACUGGUGCUAUCUAUUAGCUGUUUGUUGGGGGGGGAGCUUACGUGCCACGGGGACACCCCUAUAUUACAACGGCGUUUUAAUAUGCAUUCGUUCUCCGAAGACAACACGGUCAGAGUAGGUAGUACUUGUUGUUCAUUUAUUCAUACAGCUAGCGUAAAAAGGCGUCCGGUACCAUGUAGACGUACAGAAACAGACUUUUCCAUCCUCAGUAUUGGUACAAAUAUGCCACCCCUCAGUUCUAGAGCCCCCUAAAUAUCAA